CCGGCCCCCGCCCCCAGCGGCGGCGGCUCUGCAGAGGGGCCGGGCGCUGCCGGCACCUGCACCCGCGCGUUGGCUGCAGCAGCGCAGAGGCCCGGCUCCCCGCCUGCGCGUCUGUCUUUCUCGCCUCACCCUAGGGCUUCUGCUCCACGACCUGACCAUGGCCGGCCUGCAGGAGCUGCGAUUCCCCGAGGAGAAGCCACUGCUCCGGGGCCAGGACGCCGCUGAGCUGGAGAAUUCCGACACCUUCCUCUUGGCUGUGGACACAGACUGGAAGGAGCACGACAUUGAGACGCCUUACGGCCUUCUGCACGUGGUGAUCCGGGGCUCCCCCAAGGGGAACCGCCCGGCCAUCCUCACCUACCAUGACGUGGGUCUCAACCACAAGCUGUGCUUCAAUACCUUCUUCAACUUUGAGGACAUGCAGGAGAUCACCAAGCACUUCGUGGUGUGUCACGUGGAUGCCCCCGGUCAGCAGGUGGGGGCGUCGCAGUUUCCUCAGGGGUACCAGUUCCCCUCCAUGGAGCAGCUAGCCGCCAUGCUCCCCAGUGUGGUGCAGCACUUUGGGUUCAAGUACGUGAUUGGCAUUGGAGUGGGAGCCGGAGCCUACGUGCUGGCCAAGUUUGCACUCAUCUUCCCCGACCUGGUGGAGGGGCUGGUGCUGAUCAACAUCGACCCCAACGGCAAAGGCUGGAUCGACUGGGCGGCCACCAAGCUCUCCAGCCUGACCAGCACUUUACCCGACACGGUGCUCUCCCACCUCUUCAGGCAGGAGGAGCUGGUGAGCAACACAGAAUUGGUGCAGAGCUACCGGCAGCAGAUCGCGAAUGUGGUGAACCAGGCCAACCUGCAGCUCUUCUGGAACAUGUACAACAGCCGCAGAGACCUGGACAUUAACCGGCCUGGAACAGUGCCCAACGCCAAGACGCUCCGCUGCCCUGUGAUGCUGGUGGUCGGGGAUAACGCACCUGCCGAGGAGGGGGUGGUCGAGUGCAACUCCAAACUGGAUCCAACCACCACGACCUUCCUGAAGAUGGCAGAUUCCGGGGGGCUCCCCCAGGUCACACAGCCCGGGAAGCUGACUGAAGCCUUCAAAUACUUCCUGCAAGGCAUGGGCUACAUUGCAUACUUGAAGGACCGAAGGCUGAGUGGAGGAGCAGUGCCCUCGGCCAGCAUGACCCGUCUCGCCCGCUCUCGCACCUCGUCCCUCACCAGCGCCAGCUCGGUGGACGGCAGCCGCCCGCAGGCCUGCACCCACUCAGAGAGCAGUGAGGGGCUGGGCCAGGUCAACCACACCAUGGAGGUGUCCUGUUGAAGCCCUUGGUCCCACGAAGAUGCUCACCUGCCCCCCAACCUGCAUCGACGUCCCACUGCCAUCCUCGCGCAGCUCAUUUCCCCUUUAGUUUAUUUUUGCGAGGGCGAAGGGGAGGAAAUGGGGUUACUUUUCUUUUGUUUAAAAAGAUGAGGGGAUCCGUCCUAGAUGCUGCGGUGGAACAGUCUCCAGAUGGUUUGAGGGGCUAACUCCUCCCCUACCCCACCCCCUCCCUCACCUCGUUAACUUGGCUGACUUAGACCCUCUCUUCCAGUUCCCCAAGGCCCAGGCACGGUCAGGGCAGGGCUCCAGGGAAGAAGGAGAUUAGCUAAGGAAAGACUUUGAGUCCUUCUCUGGCCAGGAUCCAGGAUAAUAUCCUGAAUUAAAGAAAGCAUGGGUUGACCCCCUCAGGCAGGCAGGUUUGAAGGUGGGAUGGGGUUUUGAGGUGGUAGGUGCUGGGACAGCAGGAACACAGGGUCCAGCUCAGUCACUGGCGUGAGAACCAGGAGACAGCAGCAGGGAGCACUCAGAGGCAGGAGCCCGGCAGCCCUGCAGGCCCCUUUCCCACCCCCGAGCCCCACCAUCAAGCACAUCUGUUUCUGACUUUAGCACCCGUGACAAUCAUCUGAACAGUAGCCACAAGGGGGCGCUUCUACCAGACAGCAGUUUUCCUGGUGCUCUCUGGGUGGGCCUGGUGCUGUAGGGCCAGGCAGGUAGGGGCUGAAAGGGGUUUCUCUGCCCAAGGAAGACAGAACAUAGAGGACCUUGAGGGCAGGAACCCCACAGACUGUCCCUUCCAGCCCACAGUCUGCCGCCUCCUGGCCCUGUCCCGUUUCUGAGCUAAGGUCCUGAGGCAGAAAGUCACCUGGUCCUCUGCCUCUAGGGAGCUGACUAGGGCUGAGGUUAAAGGCUGGGAUAGCCUCUGAGUGUUGGGUGCGCCUCUGAGAACUUCGUGGUGACUGCCUUUGGAAGCCAGCAGGCAGUGGUGGCUCAGAGUUCCUAUAGAGUUCCCCCAGAGACCCCCUUUUCACCCCUAGGUUCCAUGGAGGACAACUUAAUCAGCAGCAGCAUGGCCAAGGCCAUUGGAAACAUUUCUAGGGAGAGGUCUAGUCAAGCUAUGCCAAUGUUUCACAUAGACAUCACUGAGAGAGUUCAUUUGGAGAAAACCGGCCCAAGAUAGCAGGACUUGGCAGUCCCAAAUCACCACGCUAGCCAGUUGGAGUAGGCUCAGGCUGGGGCUUGCUGGGUCCUGGGGUGGGAGGUGACGUUCCCUGAAGUGAACAAGGGCCCGGCAGAGGAGAAAGGCUCCCCACACACCCCAGCCCCUUCCAGCCAGCUGAAGCCCAGGGCUGUGCCAUAUACUUCCUGUUCAUCCACCUUACUGGGUAGAAUCUCCUGGCCCAGGAACCAGAAGCCAUUUGUCUCUGAGACUAAAUCAGUUGCCACAAGCCCAAGAAAAAAGUAAAAGCCACAAGUAAAAAAGAGGAGAGAGCAAUGAAAAAGGCAGGGCUGUGGAGGGUGGGUGUGUGUGUGUGGGGCUGAGGGGACACCUGCUUCCACAUUUCCUCGGCACACAUCACCCCCUUCUGUCAUCUUAAGCCAUUAUAGAGCCCAGUGGAGUGUUAGUCUGUUAGUUAUAUUCACUCACAUGCUUCCUUUGAAUAUAGAAUGUGACUGUUUGAAAAGCUGGUAGAAUUAAUCCCUCUUACUGUAGAUAGCGCUGUGAAUCUUGGAUUUUUUUUCCCGUGUUCUUUCAGAUGAGAUCUAUAAAUAUCUAUACAUUAUAUAUAUAUGUAUAUUGGGUACUCCGGCGUGUGGCUUUCCAUCGGAGGUUGUGUCUUCUUUGGUCAAAGUGAACUAUUAAUGGAAUUUGUUAUUUUCUUCUCUGUACAAAGUGAAGAGCCUACUUUUGUGUAUUCUGGUGCCUGAUGUCAUGAGACUUUGAGGUGACAAAAUGUAAAACAAAAACCCUUGUCAACGUAGAAAGAGUUAACUGUGCUGAAAAACUAAUAAAGAAACUAAGAAGAA